AUGAUUCAAUUACUUUUAAUACUUAUAUUCUUAAAUCAAGUGAUUACUGCUGUUAAUCCAAAUGUUUUGCCACCUUUUUUGAAAGGUAGGUAUAGAACAACAGUUGCUGCUGGUGGUCAACCUUAUACUGUUGCUCCUGUUGCUCCAAAUCCUGUUGUUGCAUUACCAACAGUUAUCAUAACUGAAACUAAAACUACGACGAUAUUGAACUUAUCAACUGAAACACAACAUAUUUCAGAAAUUAAAUCAAAAGUUAUAACCGAAAUUGAAACUGUUGAAAAGACUACAACCUUAACCUUGACUGAAACGAAAACUGAAAAAGAAACCAUCAAUAACGUUGAAACUGUUUGGGCGACUGAAACUAAAACAGAAACAGUUACAAUUACAUCUACUUUGACUGAAGUUAGUAAAGUUGUAAUUACACCUGCAGAAAUUACUCAAACUAUAACUGAAACUGUAACUCCAGAAAAAUUAAUCAAGACAGUAACUGAACAACUAACAAUUACAGCAACAAUUACAAAUGCACCAAAACCAAAAUUUUAA